AUGAAGGGACUAGCAAUCCUACGACACCUGUCCCUUCCUCUGAUUCUGCUUCUGUUGGUCGCGCACGGGAAUGGCGAGAUCGAGAGACGCGCCUCGAAGCAGAUGGUCGAGGAGUCGCCGGAGACCCUGGCCUCGAACCUGAGCAAGGACUGCGGCAAGUCGUACAGUGCAACCUGCCUCAAGCUGGACGUAGUCUCGUUCCUGGACAGGCUCUCCGAGCAGGAGGACAUCAACAUCCUGCCAGGCGUGUCGGUGAUCAAGGAAAACGGAUCGGCCAACGUGCCCGCCGCGGAGGUGGUCGCCAACCUGGCCAGAGACUUCCCGAACGACGUGGAGAAGAGGCUGGACGCUUAUCUGGUGCACAAGGUCGGCAGCUACCUGAACAGCCACUCGAUAUCCAUCAAGCUGUUCGACCCGAGGACCUUCGAGGCGGCCAGGAACUUCAACGAGGAGACGCUGGCCCAGCUGGGCCUGGGCGGCGCGCAGAACGUCGGAACUGGACGCAAGAAGGACAAGGGCAACGGAGCUCUGUUGGCCGGGCUGAUGAUGAUGAAGGGCACCCUGGGCGCCGUGGGAUUCGGUGCUCUGGCUCUUCUGGCGGGAAAGGCCCUGAUGACCGGUCUGAUGGCUCUGAUGCUGUCCGCCAUCGUCGGAUUGAAGUCUCUCGCAAGCGGCGGCGAGAAGAAGACCACCUACGAGAUCGUUAGCAAGCCCGUGUACUCGAGCGCGCACACUCACAGCUCCGAGGAGCAUCACGGCCACGGGUACGGUCAUUCCGGAUACGGGAGAUCGCUGGACACCCUCCAGGACUCCAUCAACCAGGCGGUACUCAAGUACGGGAACGCGCGGGAUCGUCGAUCGAUCUGGUUGAAAUGA